GAGUGUGUCUUUGUCCUAGGAAAUUUCCCUUGUUUCUGUUUUCUUUCUUUUUUCCCUCCGUGGUUUUGGUUGGUUUUUUGUUUGUUUGUUUGUUUUGGUCGGUUUUUUUUUUUAAUUGGAAAAAGACUUGAAAAGUUUUUAGACAGUCUCCUUUGUAUUGAAGGACACAGUAUACUUUAGUUUUCCGAAGUUUGGAAGGGAGAGUGUGUGUGUUUUAAUCCCUCCAACUUUCCUUUAAUAUACUUUGUUUUGAUUAGCUGAAGGCUGGGCCUUGUGCUAGUGAAGUUUGGGAAGCCGGGAGCGUGCUCGGCACCAUUUGCCUGGCCUCCUCCUCCCUGAACCUGGGCGAACGCAAACAAGCUGGUCUGUUUUGCUAGCCCGAUAAAUGCUAUUUAUGAAGAUGGACCUGUUGAACUACCAAUACUUGGACAAGAUGAACAACAAUAUUGGCAUUCUGUGCUACGAAGGUGAAGCAGCUCUAAGAGGUGAGCCCAGAAUGCAGUCUCUCCCAGUAUCCUCUGCUCUAACCAACCAUCGAACAGGCCCUCCUCCUAUCAGUCCCAACAAGAGAAAGCUCAGCAUGGACCAAGGGGAUGAGGAGCUAGACUGUGAAAAUGACCAUGUUUCUAAAAUGAGUCGAAUGUUCAAUCCGCAUCUAAACAAGACUGCCAAUGGAGACUAUCGGAAGGAGCACAGAGAGAGGAGUCGCAGCCCAAUAGAGAGGGCUGCUGCCCCAACAAUGAGCCUUCAUGCCAAUCACAUGUAUGCCUCAAUCCCAAGCUUGACCAUGGAUCAACCUCUAGCACUGACCAAAAACAGCAUGGAUGCAACCCGGACAGUUGGCAUCACACCUACACUGACUUCUGUGGAACGGCAGCAGAACCGUCCAUCCGUAAUCACCUGUGCUUCUGCGAACAACCGGAACUGUAACCUCUCUCACUGCCCCAUUGCUCACAGUGGCUGCGGUUCAGCAAUGCCUGCCUACAGAAGACCCUCUAGCACUACCACUGCCUGUGACCCAGUGGUGGAAGAGCACUUCCGCCGCAGCCUUGGCAAGAAUUACAAGGAGCCUGAGCCAGUGGCAAACUCUGUGUCCAUCACAGGAUCAGUUGAUGACCACUUUGCCAAAGCACUUGGGGAUACAUGGCUUCAGAUUAAAGCUGCGAAGGACGGAGUCUCUAGCAGUCCUGAGUCUGCUUCACGGCGGGGCCAGUCUUCCCCUUCCUCUCAUAUGGUCAAUCAUAAUCACUCGCCCUCUGUAGUCUCAUGAGGAGAGGACCGUUACGUUUGUGAAUUUGCAUGGUUUGACUGAGCUUUGAACAGUGCUUAAAAUAGUGUUGGGGGAGGGGAGAUUAGUUUUCAACACAUGUUUUUGUGUACUCACUUUUUAUUUGUAAAAGGGUGCCCUUAAAGACGAUAGCAGGAACUAUUUCAUAACGAUUCAUACGAUGUAGCAUCCUUUUUUCCUGCCUCAAUUACCAAAGAAACCUCUGAUGCAAAUCUGCUGCCCCUUAACAAAAAAAUGCACGCUAAUCCACAAAAGCCAUUACACUUAGUUGGUUGACCCAAAUGCUUCUUGCUUUUAUUAGCUUCUUGAGACUAGAAUUUGUCUGGUUUGCUUACAUUGC